AUGAAGGAGAGAUUGAUGCAACAUGCGGAGCCUGUGGUUUAUUUGGUGGUUCCCGAAGGUUUUAAGAAGAUUGUUGAUUUGUUGUAUCCGAUGACGUAUGAAAGUGCACCGGAUUAUAGGUAAUUUCUGAAAUUUGCGAUGCACACAAAACGCGUCAACCUCAAAGCACUGGCGCGUUUGUGUGUGCGACGCAUUUUUGGUAUUUUUUUCUUUUCCGGGUUUUUGAACCAAAUUGCGCGUUUUUUUUGUUUUCUAGGGUUUCUAGUAGAUUUUGAGUCCUAAACUAUGAUUUGCAAUCAAUAAAUGAUUGUAUUUAUCGAUUUUUUGUUUGUAAAAAAUGGUUUUCAUCUAAUUUUUCGUUGGAUAUUGAAAAAGUGUCAUUUUCAUAGUUUUUGAGGUGAAAUCUUAGGUUUAAAUCGUAUUCAUGGGAUAGAGGAUUCAAAUGAUAUAAAUUUCAUGAUUUUACCUUACAAUUAGCCAUAAGUGGUUUAGCGUUUAAAUGUCGCUAAAUCGCUUAUGGCUAAGGUAAAGCCUGAAAUUUAUAUGAAAAUUUCAAUGUCCACCUAAAAAUUGGAUGAAAACCACGCUUUACAAACGAAAAAUCGAUCAUUUAUCGAUCGCAAAUCACAUUUUAUGACACAAAAUCGACAAAAACGAGAAAAUUCGAUUUGAAAACCCGCCACACACACACAAACACAAAUACGUCAGUGCUUUGAGGUUGACGCGUUUUGUGUGCAUUUCGAAAAUUUCAAUUUUCCAGUAAAAUCUUCGAAAUCCUCGAUGAAAUUUGUCAAACCAACAAUUUCGACAAAACCAAAUGCGAUUGGGUCGGCAAAUUCAACAACAGUAUGGUCUCCCAAAAAGCCAUCGAUGACGCCGCCAACAAAACCGAGGAUAAUAUUUGCUCCGGAGCCGAUGAUUUUGAGUUUGGCCCCAAAAAGAAGCCGAAAAUCACCAGGAAAAUGAUGAAUCCAGGAGAUCAGAUCAAAAAUGGGAGAUUUGUGUGGAAAAUUGUGAAUUUGUUGGGAUCUGGAGGUUUUGGUGAUGUUUAUCGGGUUUUUAGUGAGACAGACAAGAAGAAGAAGAAUUAUGCGUUGAAGACUGAAAGUGAGGAUGGGAAGAAGAUGAUGCUUCGCCUGAAGGUUGAGAUGCAAGUGUUGAUGGCAAUUCAGGAUGAUAGAAAGACGAAUAAGAAAGCGGUCAAUAAACAUUUUGUGGAAUUUGUUGAUCGCGGAAAAUCGGAUGAACUCAAGUGCAAAUUUAUUGUGAUGAGUAUUGUUGGACCGUCGUUGGAUGAUUGUCGAAAAAAGUAUCGAGUUGAUUUGUCGCAUAGAUCUACGCCCUAUAAUAUUGCUAUUCAGACGUUGGAGGUAUAGUGGAAUUUGAAAAAAUUCAAAUUUCGCGCCGAAAAAAUCGUCCACGUGUAAUUCUGUAUUCUCGUAGUUUUCAAACGUUUUCAAACACGUGGAAUUGCGGAGUGUUGUAUUGUGGAAUUCAAAAAAAAUGUGGCCGCGUAAAUAUUUCGAAAAUUAAUGAAUGUCUGUGUGUGCGUGCGCGGUCGCGUUGCGGUCGGAUCAAUAUUUUUUGUCCAUUUUUUCUCUGGAAAAUGUGGUUUUUUACAUAAAACGGUCAUUUUUUGCCCAAAUAAAUUAAAUUGUGAAUAUUUUCACCAUUUUUCGGCAAAAAAUGAGCGUUUUGUGUAAAAAACCGCAUUUUCCAAAGGAAAAUGGACAAAAAAUAUUGAUUUUAUUUUGACCGCAACGCGACCGCGCGCGCACACAGGCAUUCGUUAAUUUUCGAAAUAUUUACGAGGGACUACCUGCCGCUGUUUUUUGAAUUCCACAAUACAACACUCCGCAAUUCCACGUGUUUGAAAACGUUUGAAAACUACGAGAAUACGGAAUUCCACAUGGCUGUUUUUUGUGGCGCGAAAUUUGAAAACUACGAGAAUACGGAAUUACACGUGGUUGUUUUUGUCGCGCGAAAUUUGAAAAAAAAUACAACACUCUGCAAUUCCACGUGGAUUUUGUGGCGCUAAAUUUGAAAACAUUUGAAAGCUACAUCACUCCGCAAUUCCACGUGUUUUUUUUUAUGGCGCGAAAUUUGAAAACAUUUGAGAAUUACGAAAAUACGGAAUUCCACGUGGCUGUUUUGUGGCGCGAAAUUUGAAAAUUACGAGAAUACGGAAUUACACGUGGUUUUUUAUGGCGCGAAAUUUGAAAAUUUGAAAAUUUAAAAAUUUUCCAGGCAGUCCGUGAUCUUCACAACCUCGGAUUCCUCCAUCGCGACAUCAAACCGGCAAAUUUUGCAGUUGGAAUCGGCUCCGAAGAACCUGUCGUCUACAUGCUUGACUUUGGAAUUUGUCGAAUGUUCAUCGAUCCGAAGACCAAAAUCCACAGAGCGCCCCGAAAAAAGGUGAAAUUCCUCGGAACUCUUCGAUUCGCCUCACGUGCUUGUCUCAAAUGCGAAGAUCAGGGACGAAAAGAUGAUUUGGAGUGUUGGUUGUAUAUGGUUUUUGAUAUUUUGGAUGAGGAUGAUGGAAUACCGUGGAAGAAUAUUUCGGAUAGGGAUAAGAUUUUGGGAGUGAAGAUGGCGUUUUUCUUGAUGAAGUGUGAGUUUUUUGGAGAGAAAUCUGUGUUUUUCAAAGUUUCAUUUUCAAUUUCAAAUGACCUAAAAUUACAUUUUGAAAAAAAAAACAAAAAAGUUUUAUUUUGAAGCAUUUUCUUUAUGAAAAUGACUUGAAAUUGAAUUUUUAUGAAAGUUUGAAAAACAUUUGAAUUUCAAUUUUUGGCGCGAAAAUUUUAUUUUGAAGCAUUUUAUUUAUAAAAAUAAGAAGAAAUUAAUUUUUUAAAAUGAAAUUUUGAAAAAAUUCAAAUUUUUAAAUGAAUUCUUUUCGCGCCAAAACCAAAAAUUUUGAAUUUGAUUUUCUAAAUUUGAAGCUGAUCUGAAAAUCUUGAAUUUUUUUCUCAAUUUCGCGCCACAAAUAAAUAGAGAAGAGAAACCAGAGAAGCAGAGAAAAUUAGAGAUUAGAGAAACCAGACACAACUAGAGACGCAGACAUUCAAGAGAGUCAGAGAAAAAAUUGUAUUUUUUCUGAAGUUUUGAUAAACUUAAAAAUCUAGAAAUUUUUUAUUUUGAAAAAAAUGGUCUAAUUUCGAAUGACUUGAAUUUAAAUUUUUAUAAAAUUUUGAGAAAAAAUUUCAAAUUUAAAUUAUAGAGCUCCUCAGAGAUUCGCUGGCCAGCUCGCCACCAGAUCGCUGCGGCCACUUGGAAACCGCAUGGCCGCCAGGUCGCCUUGAGUUUUCCGGCCACGUGGCCUGUGUGUUUGAAAUUCUGGAAAGCUGGCAAGACAGUGGUUUGUACUCAAAACACUGCAUUUUCUACUGUUUUUUUCACUUCAUAAGGUUUCAAGUGCUGCGAAAAAACAGAAAAUGAGCCAAAUUUUUCGAAAAUGCCUCAAUUCACAAGUUUUUCAGACAUUUUCAUGAAAAUUCAUUUUGACGCGGCGAAGUGGCCACCACGUGGUAGCCAUGUGGCCGUGACCUAGCCAGAGCCUGGCCACCUUGCCAGCGAAAAAAACCGGGCGACAUGGUUUCCAUGUGGUUCCCAGGUCAGCCAGCCUCCCCACCUGGUGGCGAGCUGGCCAGCGAAUCUCUGAGCAAUUUUUGGCACCAAAAAUGAAAUUUUCAAAAAUUUUCUGUUUUGAAAAAAAAAUGAUCUAAUUUCAAACCUGAAUUUAAAUUUUUAUAAAAUUUCGAAAAAAAAAUUUGCAAAUUUAUAUUAUAGAGCUCAAUUUUUGGCACCAAAAUUGAAAUUUUCAAAAAAAAUUUUGUUGAAAAAAAUGAUCUAAUUUUAUCAAUUUCAAAUUAAAAUUUGACAAAAUUUCAAAAAUUGUGACACGUGGCAAAGUUCAAAUUUAGCGCUAAAAUUGAAAUUUCAGGUUCAGAAUAGCCUUAUUAGAAGCUUCUGAAAAUCUGGAUUUUUUUUGAAUUUCGCGUAAAAACUUUUGCCACGUGGCAAUGAAUUUUUCAAAAUUUUCCAAUAUUUUUGUUGCAGUAAGCAUUGUCUACGAAAACAUCUCUCGUCAAAUGAAAACCAUUGUAAAAUACGUGGAUUCUCUCGAAUAUCAAUCAACUCCCGACUACGAAUACAUUAUCAAAAGUCUGUUGGCAGUCGCCGAACAUUGUAAAUGUCCAGUCAAAGAUCGAAGAAAAGUUGAAUGGGCGGGAAAAUUGAGAAAAGAGGAUUUGGAAGCAAUCAAGAGAUUUGAUGAGAAUAGCGAUGAUGAAAGUGAAGAAUCGGCUGGAUCUAAUGAAUCGGAAUGA